AAUACCAUCCGAUCUAGACACGAGAUACAUGCAAAGUGUAGACGUGUACAAAAUGUUCUUAACGGUCAUUUUCUUUAGAGAACGGGCCUAUUUCUAAGUCACUAUACUCACUUCACUUGCAACGAAUAAAACCGAACGCUAGACGGAACAGCACCGGUGCCUUGGAAUAGAGUAGACCAGGGUGCGGCCGGGGCCGUACCGCACCGUUUCCCACCCGCGUCCCAAAUAAAUCCAUCCAUCCGUCCGGGCAUUACAGCAUCGCCCAACCACUCCUCCAGUCCCGUCCUCCCUCUCCCUCUUGAGCGAGCGAGCCAACCAAGGCGACAAAAAUCCAAGCUGCAGUGCACGCUCCAGCAAUCCGAACCCACCCAACCACCGCACGCUCCGCGGAUCCUCCUCGUGCCCCGCUCGCGAUCUGCCUCCGCGAGCCCAACCACCCCUCGCCGGAGAUGCGCGCCUGGUGAUCCGGAGGGGAGGAGAGGGCCGAUGAGGUGCAAGCUCCACCCGUACGCGAACGCGCUCGGCGUCUGCGCGCCCUGCCUCCGCGACCGCCUCCUCGUGCUCGCCGCCGAGCGCGACCGGGCCGGGGCCGGGGCCAGCAGCGGCGCCGACUGCAGCAGCAGCAGCAGCCGGGGCAGCUCGCCCGCGCGCGGGCGCGCCGCGUCGCCCUUCGCCGCCGCCGCCGCCCCGGCGCAGCAGCACCGGCGCUCUGACGCCUGCGCCUACACGUCGUCCCGCCACAGCCACAGCCACCGGCCCGAGCUCCUCUUCUUCAGCACGCCGCAGGUCGGCCCCGCCACCCGCGCCGCCGACGACGAGCCCCGGGAGAGCGAGCGGAAGAAGUCCUUCCACCGGAGGCGGUCCUUCCUGGCGGCGCUCUUCGGCGGAGGGCGGCGCGGCGGCCGGGAGGAGGAGAGCGAGAGCAAGAAGGACCCGCCCCGGCGGUCCACCUCGUGGCUGUCGGCCAUAGUCCGCCGCAAGCGGAGGCCGGACGCGUCAUCGUCGUCGUCGCUGCCGCGGCCGGUGGACGAGGAGCCCGAGUCCCCAGGAGGCAGCACGAGCAGCAGCUGGUGGUUCCCAUCGCCCUCCCCGGCCAGGCACCAUCACCACCCCCAGCGGCGCAGCAGGCCGGGCGGAUCAGGCGCCAGCGGCGACGGGAUCUCGGGGUUCGCGGUGUGCCUGAGCCCGCUUGUCCGCCCCAGCUCGGGCGGUCCUCGCCGGCGGUGCCAGCAGCCGGACCCGUCGACCCUGGGCGAGAGCCACCGGCGGCACCUGUCGGCCAGCAGCGCGGCGUCCUUCGGCCGCAACACCUCCCGGAAGCUGGCCGACAUGGGCAGGUUCCGGUGACGUGGCCGCCGCUCCGCUCCGGCCGGCAAACCGCCUCCUCUUUUCCCCCGUCAGAAAUCGUCACCUUGUCCUCCUCCCGCAAAAUUUGACCUUUUGCUGAUGCGCCAUGCGCUGUCACCGCCCGCUGAGAGACGACGAGAGAAAGAUAAUCAAAUGAAGCUGUUUUGUUUUUCAGUUUCUUGUUUGAACGGGAGCAGAGCAGAACAGCGCAGCUUGUGUCAAUUACGACGAGACGACCUGGGCGGCCAGGCCCAGCUCAGGUCACCUCAUUUCUUUUGUUUGAACGUGUGUUCUCUGACCUCUGACA